GGGCCUCCAUAAAGUGGCGCGGCCCGCGGGCUCGCUCUCCCUGUCGGCGCAGAGCAUGGUGUUGGGGGCGCCGGCCUCCCGGGCGCUCCUACUGCUGCCGCCGCUCCUGCCGCUGCCGCAGGUGGCGCUGGGCUUCGCGGACGGCAGCUGCGACCCCUCGGACCUGUGCCCGCCCCAGGCCCGCUGGAGCAGCCUGUGGCACGUGGGGCUUAUCUUACUCGCUGUCCUUCUGCUGCUGCUGUGUGGGGUCACAGCCAGCUGUGUCCGGUUCUGCUGCCUCCGGAAACGGGUACACAGCCAGCCACACCUGCCACCAACACCUCAGCCUUGCGACCUGACGGUCAGCCCUAUGGACAGCGACAGCCCUGUGCACAGCACUGUGACUUCUUACAGCUCUGUGCAGUACCCGCUGGGCAUGCGGCUGCCCCUUCCCUUUGGGGAGCUGGACCUCGACUCCAUGACCCCUCCUGCCUACAGCCUGUAUGCCCCUGAGCUGCCGCCCUCCUAUGAAGAGGCUGUCAAGAUGGCCAAACCCAGACAGGAAGAGCCACCCCCCUCUUAGUAACCCAGUCCUCUCCCUGGGUCCUGAGGCCUAGAGACAUUGGCGGGACUCCAGGAGCCAGGCUCCAGUGCCCAGCAUCCCCAGCGGUAGCCCUGGUGUCCCUCAAAGGCUGAGGAAAUCUCUCUUGAACCUCCCAGUCCUGCCAGCCACCCUGUGCUCAGAGGGGACCAGUGCGAGGGCACCCCAGCACACCCCUACCAUCCUUCCCCGGGGAAGGCCAGCCCGUCCAGCACAUUGCUGCAGCCCUGGCCUCGUUGCUAUGUAACGCCAGGCAGCCCAGCCAGCUGGCCCUGUGUUGGCCACACACAUGCACCCACACACGCUAGGGCAUGCUCAUGCGAGCUGCUGCAUUCACCCCUGACCCCACAGGCCUCAGCCUCAGGGCUCGGGGCUGGCUGUGACACCCCCAGCUUUCUGGAGAGAGAAUAAAGUUUGUACCUAAGUGAUCUCCAUCUGUAGGAAAAGGCUCUGGGAGGGGCCUGUGGGUAGCCACCCCCAAGUGCAGGCAGAAGGGCAAGUGGUAGUCUUCGACCUGCCCCAAAUCUGGCUUUCAGGUUGGUGCCCAGAGCCCAGAGCUGGGCAGUGCGUGGUGUCAGAUGUCACAGCAGGAAUGACGGGCCAUGUGCCACGGCUGCCCUAGGAAAACCCUCUCCUUUCUCCAGUCCCAAAUCCUUGCCAGCCCCUCCUUUCUAGGCUAGGUAGGGGCAGUGAAACACACCUUAGUCGGGCU